AAUCUCUUCCACGUUGUCCCUUCGGCCACCAAAGAAAGGGGAAACCCGAUAGGAAACCUCCCUGUCAAUGGCCGCCUCCCCUUCCAAGGGCAUUAGGGUUUAACUCCAACUUCUCCUAGAUCUCCCUCACCGCCCCUCUCCACGAUCAGGCACCGCAGCACCUGGUAGCCUCAUGGGGUACCUGCAGGAGGCCAGGGAGAAUCACGUGAAGAAGAAGGUCGAGGAAGCUUUGCGCAGCAAAAUGAAACAAAAGGCCCUCAAGGAAUGUGAUGUGCUGUGUUCAAAAUAUGCCGAAUGUGCUCGAGGAAGAACUUUCUCUGUGGUUUGGACAUGCCGCAAGCAAGCCAAAGAGUUGAAUAACUGUCUUCAUCAAUUCACCAAUGAUGCAAUACUGGAAGAUAUGAAGAAGGCUUACAUGGAUGAGCAAGAGAGCAAGGAGAAGAACAAAUAAUCUUUAUGCACGGAUAAAUGGAAAGCCAUGGUUCUCCAUGCCUGUACGUACACUGGAAUUUGGCAGUUGCUUACUGGUUAUCUUAGUUGAUUGAUGCUGAAUUCCUAGAGACCUUUUGUGAACAUUUGGGUUUGUCCAGAUGCAUAACCUGGUAUGAUCUCAAGGAAUCCAUGUAGUACUUUUAUCGA